CCGCCCCGCGCCGGGCCCGCUCCACCGGAGGGGCCGCUGACGUCACCUGCCCGCCCCUGACGCCAUUGGCGACGCCGUGACGCAGGUAGUGACGUCACGGGCAGCGUGGGCGAGGUGCGAGGGUGCGGCCUGCCCUCCCUGGUGGGGCCCGCCCGGCCCGGCCCGGCCCUCGUCUGUGUGAGGCGGCUGUGGGGAGCAGCGGAGGCCACAGGCCCUAGUCAUGUGCGGCAAAGCGGAGGUGUGAUGCCUCAUUGGGAUUUGGGCAGGCGUUUGCCUCUGGAAUGGAAGAUCCUAGUUACUGCCAUGCACUUAUUCAUAAUGCUCUGACAGAUGGGCACCGACGGGGUGUGGGUGCUGCUCAGGCUCAGCAGAUCAGAUCCCAAGUACUGCUCCUGAGAGCUCCUGGGGGAUGGAAGACCACCUGCAGAUGUGUGAGGAGAUUGACCUACUCAGUCCGAUUUUUUAAUUUUUUUUUUAUUAUUCCCAAAUGAGGAAAUGAAGGCACAGAGACUGCACUGAAAUCACACACGGAAUAGGUGGCAGACUUAGAAAGAGAGCACUGCUCUGCUUGCAUCCUGUCCUGUACAUGAAACUUCACAGCAAAUAUCUGUGGAAAUCCACUCUGAAGCAGAUAUCCCCAGUGAGAAACAACUGCAGAGCCUCAACGUUAUCUGCCUGGAGUAAGGAUUUUUUUCAUGGAACUGACUCAUCAGCAGCAAACACUGGAAAUAAAUGCACCGGAAAAAGGUCCCUCCAGGAAAAAACAGGUGACAGCUUCUCCCGGCUCUGCUAGCCAGGACUCCCAAGCGAUCAUGGAGGAUACUACUUUGCAAAUUAUCGAGCCACCAACUGCUUCCGAGGCCUCAGAGGAGCAAGUGCCUGAAGAACCCAUCAAAUCAGACCAGAUCAAUGGUGUGAUGGUGCUGACCCUUCUGGACAAGAUCAUUGGAGCAGUGGAUCAGAUUCAGCUGACCCAAACACAGCUGGAGGAGAGACAGCAAGAGAUGGAUAGCGCAGUGACCAGCAUCCAAGGAGAGCUAACCAAGCUGACAAAGGCACACACCACCACCAGCAACACCGUGAACAAGAUGCUGGAAAAAGUGCGCAAGGUGAGCGUCAAUGUGAAAACCGUUCGGCAGAACCUGGAAAAGCAAGCUGGGCAGAUCAAGAAGCUUGAGGCCAAUGAAGCGGAGCUCCUGAAACGCAGAAACUUCAAAGUCAUGAUCUACCAGGAUGAAGUGAAGCUCCCAUCUAAACUGAGCAUCAGCAAGUCUCUAAAGGAGGGUGAAAAGCUGGAGAAGGAAGGCGAGGGUGAGGAGGUGCCCGUGGGUGAGGACCAUGCAGAGGAGGACCAUGUGCAGCUUUCCUCGGAUGAAGAGGUGGAGAUUGAAGAGAUUAUUGAAGAGUCACGGGCAGAGCGUAUCAAAAGGAGCGGCAUGAAAAGAGUGGAUGACUUUAAGAAGGCAUUCUCAAAGGAGAAGAUGGAGAAGACUAAGCUAAAGACCAAGGAAAACCUGGAGAAGACCCGCCACAACUUGGAGAAGACCCGCCACAACCUGGAGAAGCGGAUGAACAAACUAGGCACCAAGAUUGUGACUAACGAAAGGAGAGAGAAGAUGAAGACCUCUCGGGACAAGCUGAGGAAGUCUUUCACCCCUGACCACACCAUCUAUGCCAGGUCCAAGACAGCCGUCUACAAAGUGCCACCCUUCACUUUCCAUGUCAAGAAAAUAAGAGAGGGUGAGGUGGAAGUGAAAGCCACGGAGCUGGUGGAGGUUGGUGGAGAGGAGGGAGAAAACUCGGAUCUGAUGCAUGGGGAGAGCCCCGAGAUGCACACACUGCUGGAGAUAACGGAGGAGUCCGACGCGGUACUGGUGGACAAGAGUGACAGCGAGUAGGACAGGCUGCAGCGCGGAAGGGUUGUGGACGACGGCUGAACACGUUAUCAUUCACAUUUCGAGAUCUCUCUCUGCCCUGGUGCCCCAGGGAAAGUGUACACGAUGCAUCUUUACUACCCUGCAGAGCCGACUCCAAUCCCCUGCCUGCUUGGACAAGGUGUAUUUUAUAUUUUAGUUUUAGCACACAGAAACAUUAGGAACACGGGAUUGUUUUUCUUACACUGUUAAAUCACCCUUGGAGACCAUUCCUGCCGCAGGCUGCGUGAGAGCCUUCUAGCACGAUGGGCUUUGAGUGACGGGGACCCAGCCCAGCUGGAGAGUGCUAAAACCAAGAUAACGGCUGUACACCUGGAAAGCUCAAGUGUCCUCCAUAAGCAAAGACCUGGUGUCAAGAAAGCCUCCUGCCAAGCAGCCCACCGGCCCCCGCCACCCCGGCUCCCUGUGCCAGGCUGCGCGGCUGUCCCCGCAGGCAGGAAGACCCCCAGACCCCAAGCUGGCCACCCCGUUCGGGGGAGCAGAGGAACUGUGAUGCACCCAGCGUGCGGAAGAGCUGAGCAAGUCCCGUUGAUGGACAGAGUAGAGGUGAAGUGGAGCCAGCUGCAUGGCAGGCAGGCAGCUCUGCUCCUCUCUGCCCUUCUGAGGACCGGGUUAUGUGGUGGUGCCUAGGACGGCUUCACCACAAAGCCACCCUGCAGCUGGGACUGCCGUGGGUGCCCGCAUGGCAUCACCCAGCCGGGGCCCGCUGCUGCUCCCGGCCACGGUAGGAGCAGAGUGAGCUGUGCGCUCCCCUGCCCGCGUUACAGAUCUGGCUGACAGUGGCCCAGUGGCCACGGGCAAGUCCUCGCUGGGGCAGGGAGCACCACAGUGGUGGGGUGCUGGGUCUGGUCCCUUCACACCCGCAGGGAUGGCGGCAGCUGGUGGCAAGGCGCAUGCUCCUGCCUGGAGAGAGGGGACACACAGGCAGCGGUGCCGGAGCAACCACCACUGGCUGCAACUUGUUUCCAGAGGGAUAUGGGAUGCACUGAUGCCAUGUGAGGCUCUUGACUGUCAGAGAAGCGACCUUGACACUGGUCUAGCAGCAGACCUUGAGUAUUUCUGAGCAUCUGCUUCCUCCAGGGGCCCUGGCAUGGCUCAGGCUCGUGCCCACACCCUGUGCUUUCCUCCCCGUUUCCCACUUACUUCCUGCAGCUUCACCGUCCCCUGCAGCAAGGCAGCGUAGGGCAGCACCCCCCAGACCCCCCAGCUUGAGGGCACUGCCCCGGCUCAGCCCGGAGCUGCCACGCUCCAGCUCUCAUGUAGGCAGGCUCACAGCAGCAGGACCCGGCCCUGCAGGAGCAGGCAGCGCGGCAGGAGGCUGCGGUGCCUGGCACCUUCACCUGGGGAGCUGUGGGUGCUCCUGGGGAGGCUGAUCCCGGCAGGCAGCCGAGACAGGGACCUGGUCCUGCUCAUCCCCGGCUGCUUGCUGGGCUCAGCCCUUGCCCACGAGCGCAGUUGCUUUCCUCCCCAGCCUGCUCCCCCAGCCAGCAGGGAGGGCUGCUGCUGCUGACAUAACCAAAUAUAUAAACUUGCUUUUCUUCUAAGAAUUAUUUUCCUUCUUAUUGUCUAGUGCCUCCAGCCUGCCCCCGGCCCCAGGGUCCCGUCUCAGGGCCUGGGAGAUGCAGCCGCCAUCCCCGGAGAAGCUGCCUCCCUGCUCGGGGACACCGGGUGCUGGCCCUGGGCUGCCCACGGGCGCUGCCAGGCCUCCUGCCCAUGGGGCAGGCGGGGCGGUGGCUCCCAGCCCGGCCUGGGCCCCCAGCCCAUGGGUCACGUCCCCUGUCAGAGCCUCUGGCGGGCCCACGGGCGGUUUGCACGGAGGUGUAUCAUCCCACAGUGCUGGGGGCCGGGGCAGUGGGAGCCUGGACGAGCCCCCGGCCGUUCCCGCGGCUGCAUCCCGGCGAGCAGCGCAACUAAUAAAGUCUCUUUUCUAAACCA